GUUUAUUUUUGGGUCAGUGACAGUGUGUCAAUGGCUGCAGAUGCGUCGGAAAGGAAAGCUCUUAGAUACAAGCAAACCCUGCUCUAUGGGGAGUACCAAGAAAACCAAGGAGGCUCCGGCAGACGGGAGGCCACACGCCUGCUGACAGAGAGGCAGAUCAAGAAACAUCGGACCCACCACUGCAGCCAUGCCAGGACACGGCACGGACACGGACAUGGGCGCCGUGGCCAAAAUGGAUACCACAGCCGCCAUCAAUACGGCUACUACAGCAGGCAAAGGAACAGGCGUCAGUCCAACAUGGAGACCGACGCUGCUGAUGAGCAAACAGCUGAGCCCGACCUCGCGUCCUCUGUGAAGAAGAAGCGCUCCUACUCCAAGUGUAGAGACUGCAUAGCACGAGUGCAGCGAUUCCUUGUGACCAGGUUGGGAGAGGACUGGAUCUUCCUGGUUCUCCUGGGCAUAACAAUGGCACUGGUCAGCUGGACAAUGGACUACGCCAGUGCAAAGAGUCUACAAGGUUCUGGUAUACCAGAGUUGAAGACCAUCCUGAGAGGUGUGGUACUAAAGGAAUAUUUGACUCUGAAGGCGUUCAUUGCCAAAGUCAUUGGUCUGACGGCUGCUCUGGGCAGCGGCAUGCCUGUAGGCAAAGAGGGCCCGUUUGUUCACAUUGCCAGCAUCUGUGCAGCAGUUCUCAGCAGGUUCAUGUCCUUUUUUUCAGGAGUUUAUCAGAAUCCAUACUGUUACACAGACAUCCUGACGGUCGGUUGUGCUGUCGGGGUGGGCUGCUGCUUCGGUACUCCGCUUGGAGGUGUGCUCUUCAGCAUAGAGGUAACAUCUACAUACUUUGCUGUAAGAAACUACUGGAGAGGAUACUUUGCUGCUACAUUUAGUGCCUUCAUAUUCAGAGUGUUAUCCGUGUUUAAUAAAGAUGCAGUAACAAUCACAGCUCUGUUCAGGACUAACUUUCGUAUGGAUUUCCCUUUUGAUCUGCAGGAGCUGCCAGCGUUUGCCAUCAUUGGGAUCUUCUGCGGGUUCCUCGGCGCGUUCUUCGUCUACCUCAACAGACAGGUGGUGCUGUUUAUGAGAAGACCCAAUGCCAUGACCCGCUUCCUGACUAAACACCGACUGCUUUUUCCCGCUGUGGUAACGCUGAUAAUCGCCACCUUGACCUUUCCACCUGGAUUUGGACAGUUCAUGGCAGGAGAGCUGAUGCCCAGAGAGUGCAUCAACUCUCUGUUUGACAACUUCACAUGGACAAAGAUUUCAGGGUCUCCUCCACCGGUCGGUCUGGGCCGCUCUGCUGCCUGGCUGCACCCUGAUGUCAGCGUCUUUGUCAUUCUGGUGCUCUUCUUCCUCAUGAAGUUCUGGAUGUCUGCUGUGGCCACCACCAUGCCCAUCCCAUCCGGAGCUUUCAUGCCAGUCUUCAUCCUAGGAGCUGCGUUUGGCAGGCUGGUAGGGGAGAUCAUGGCCACUCUGUUUCCUCAUGGGAUCGUGUUUGAUGGCAUUCUUUACCGCAUCAUCCCUGGAGGGUACGCAGUCAUCGGAGCAGCAGCGUUGACUGGGGCUGUGACUCACACAGUGUCCACGGCGGUUAUCUGCUUCGAGCUGACAGGUCAGAUCUCCCACAUCCUGCCCAUGAUGGUGGCAGUAAUCCUGGCCAACAUGGUGGCCCAGGGCCUGCAGCCCUCCCUCUACGACUCCAUCAUCCAAGUCAAGAAGCUCCCGUACCUGCCGGAGCUUGGCUUCGGACACAUGAGCCAAUACAACAUCUUUGUAGAGGACAUCAUGGUGACGACGGUGAAGUUUAUGUCAUCUCAGUCCACAUACCGAGAAGUCAAACUCCUGCUGGACUCCACUUCGCUCAAAUCCAUUCCCCUGGUCGACUCAAAAGAUUCUAUGAUCUUAUUGGGCAGCAUUGACAGGGUGGAGCUUCUGGCUCUCUGUGAUUGGUGGUUGUCACCAGAAAGAAGGCUCCUGAUGCAGGGUCGCAGCCUGCAGGAGCAGAACCAGUCUCAGAAGCACAGCUGGGAGUCCUUCGCCUUUGUAGAUGAGGAGGAGGAGGAGGAGGAGGAGGAGGAGGACGGAGAGAAGGGUAGUCCAGUACAGGAGGAGAGGAACGGUCCCCUGCCUCCUCAGAAGCCCCAGGAGCCUUCCUCGAACCACACUGCUCCUGCUCCUGAAAAAGGUUCUCUGCAGUCUGUGAGGAAAACACUCAGGAAUAUCUUCACCUCUAAGAGCAGGCAGACAGAGGGCCAGUCUCAGGAGCCUUGUCCUCCUCCGCUGUCAGACACCAUGACACCAGAAGAGAUUAAAGCGUGGGAAGAGGAAGAGAUGGACAAGCCGAUGGAAAUCGAUGAGAUACGAGUGGACCCUUCCCCUUUUCAGCUGGUGGAGAGAACAUCGUUACACAAGACCCACACCUUAUUCUCACUGCUUGGCUUAAGUCAUGCUUAUGUGACCAGUACUGGCAAACUGGUGGGGGUGGUGGCACUGAAAGAGCUCCAAAAGGCCAUCGAGGGCUCCACACGCUCUGGUGUCCGGCUCCGCCCUCCUCUGGCCAGUUUUCGUGAUAUCAGCAACCACAACUCGGUCUCUAAACCUCCACCUUCAUCUCCCAACGCCCCUUCCUCUCCGCCCUCCUCCUCUCCUCCCUCACCUGAAAUUGUUGCUCAGGCUCCUCCCCCCUCUCCCCCCUCCCCUUCUCAAAUACACCACCAUCACCAUCACAGCCAUGAGAAUGAAACAGAGGUGUUGAUCGAGGGUGUGCCGAGGGAGGUGGAGGAGAGCACCAGUAGCGCUUCGGGGAGCGUCAGCAGCACGGUGGCUUGCAGCUCGACCAGCAGGAGCUGCAGCUGCAACAGCAACCUCACCCUCCCUCCUUCUUCUACUCCUCCCCCAGUCCCUUCUUCCUCCACUCCUCCUCCCUCUCCUCCUCUCUCCUCCAUCCGCCUCUCCACCCUACAGAGACUCUUUGAGGAAGAGGAAGACAGCGAUGAUGAGCCUAUGGUUUAGCUUACACAAGAGUGAUGCUUUUUUUUAUAAUGGAAAACUUUUAUAAUAGUUUGAGUUUUUUUCUUCUGUUCUUAAUACAUUUCUCCGGUCUUUGUACUUCCAUUUACCUCUUUUUAUGUUACUGGUACAGCUUCCACACACUCGUUUCACAGACCAUCACCUGUUUGGUGCAAAAAACACCUUAAACUGCAAUAUUCAUCUAGUUUCUUUGUAUCAGGUGCGAUUAGAAAGUUCAUGGUCUGUGCCCACAAAAGAAAAAGAAAAACACUGACUUAAAUAUGGCUGAUCUCUCCUUCAAGGUCAGGUCGCUGUGCACUUCUGACCCUCUGCUGUGCCUGUGCUCUGUCUGGAAAGCCCCCUGGAAGCUAUGGUACAACUAAUUGCACAUACAGCGCUCAUCCACUUCUCUGUCACAAUGACCCGACUUUAAUAUAAGGAUCAUCACUGGUGAUAAUAACCAGUUCAUUUUUUAUACAGAGGGCUAUUUUUUCUUCAGUUUAAAUCAAACGCUCCCUUUACCAGUAAAGCAUGGCUGAGGCUUCUCUUUGUCCCAGUCUGCACCAGCAUCCUGCAGUAACAUCCAGUUAAAGCAGGCCUGUGGGAUAGUUUGCUUCCCUUGUGAGAUGAGCUUUAUGGUCACAAACACCCCAUAGUUAUUCUUGUGGGGACCUGGAUUUUGGUCCCUACAAGUAGAGUAAACAUCCAAUUUUUGGUCCCCACAAAGAUAUGAAUACACGCUCACACACACACACACUGUCAGGUAUUCAUAUUUUGUGGGGACAUCAAGUUGACAUAAUGCUUUCCCUGGCCCCUUACCCUAACCCUAACCAUCAAAAAUGAAUGCCUAACCCUAAACCUAACCUAAUUGUAACCCUGACACUAAAACCAUAUUUUGAGUCUCAAAAAUGCCUUCAAACUUGUGGGGUCAGGGACUCUGGUCCCCAUAAAGGCUGUUUGUCCCCCAGGUACAGUAAACUUCCAAUUAUUGGUCCCCACAAAGAGAUGAACACACGCUCACUCACACACAUGCGCAUACACAGACCUCUGUUAAAUUAUUUUCAAAAUCCAAGUGAAAAAAGUUAAAUAAAUGUGAGAUGUUUUUAUUUUAAAGAAUAACUGUGGCUAAUAAUCGAGAAUAUAACAUUGACCAAAAUGACCGUGAUUCUAAGUUUUGCUUUAAUAAAACAGGAGCUCCACAUGGCGACCUAAACAAGCAAACAGUGGAUGUGUGUCCAGAGACAUAAAGUGAGACGACAUUGAAGCUGAAAUCAACCAAACUAAAGUCGCGUAUGUUUUCUUUUGGGCGGAUUCGUCGAGCGCUCUGCCACACAUAAGCUCUGAAGCUCUGUAUGUUUGUAAUGUUUGCUUGUUCUGUUUUACUUUCUGCUCAUUUUCCUUCUCUUGUUGUUUCACACUUUGAUUUUCAUGUGUUAAAUAGUAGAUGCUGCCAAAUCCACAAAGUCAGGUAUCUAACUGUGAUAUGCUCUUUUUGAAUAUUUGAUAAUGAUGGUUUUAGCACUCUUAAGCUUAUUUCUGAGAUCCAGUAAUAUCACUGGUUAAGGUCAAAUAACCCACCUGUUCAGCUGCUAGACAUAUUGAAUGGCCCUGUGAUGAACUGGUAACUGUCCAUAGGCUCCAGCCCUUCCACUAACCUAAACAGGAGAAGCGGUUAAUAAAAUGGAUGGAUGGACAUUACUGAGGAGUAGAUUGAUAAAACACUGCUACCAUUUGUACUGUCUGAAUUCAGACUGCAAUUGAUUAACUGUGCCUCUGUCACAGCCGUUUCCAACACCACACACUUUACUGUAUGUUCUGUGGGUUUUUUUUACUGUAACGCUCUCUGCUCAGCUGAAUCAGAAUAAUCAAUCAAAAGCUUUGCUUCCCAAUCAAGAGGUGAACCUGGUGAACUGCUGCACAGUUGUCCUGUGUUACCCGAUCGCUUAAGUCUUAAAAAAAAGGGAGGAUUUUAUCAGAUGAGAGCAGAGGGUAUUGAUUUAUUUUAACUGGCAACGAACCGUGUGGGUAGCAGAAAACUAAUGGAGCUGCUCAGUCCACUGUGGAAGAUUGGCCAAAACCCCACAACGACCUCCAAAUUGUGCGGCGACCUUGUGGAUGCAGCCUCGGAGCUCAUCUCAUCACGGUUAAGUUGAUAGAUGGUGCGGCUCGAGGCGGCUGACGACAGCAAAACCUCGCCGUGCAGAUCCUCAAUAUUCGUUUUCUCCUUUUUUCCACAAAAAGGAAGCCUCGCAGAUUUAACCCUAAUCACUUUAAUAAGUCUAAAUGGGAUUAUCAGAAAAAUCUACAGAAGCUUUUCAUUCUAACAUUGGUGAUGAUAGCCAAGGUUUUCUGACAGUGAAGGAGAGAUGACAUAAACAGAUGUGUUGCCAGAGAAACGUUUCCCAGUUAAUGCUGUUAAAGAUGCUAAAAAUAGCAUCUUUUUUAAAGCUGUUAAAACAGAACUGUUGUGAUGGUUAUUAUAAGAAGCAAAGCUGCUCAUGUAACAAUUUCAAAGAAUAAAAGUCAAGAAAUUUAAUGACUAUUUAACCUUGAUGUCUUCCUGAGCUUUUGCCUUCUAGGCAGCUGCCUCUGUAGGUGGUUCAGGUGUCUUUUAUCAUAAUCAUAUAUAAGCUUCAGUUAAUCACAUACAACUGAAAACAGGCCUGGCUUCCUCCUUUUUACUAUUUCUCAGAAUUGUUCCUCAGGUUAACCUUCAGGGUUGCUUAAUACAAACAGCAUCUGGUACCUCCACGUCAGAAAUGCGAUUCUUCAACUGUUUUGUGGUUUUCUUCCUGUUUAAAAAAACAUCAGUAAAUGAAAUCAAUAAGGAACACAAUAGCAGGAACAAAAACCAAAAGCUUUGCAAAAAGAGGCUUUGAGCUGUGUAGAAGUUUGGAGUUAGGUGAAAAUCACAAUCUCAGUGUCCAUGGUCUGGCCUGUUAGGUCUGUCAGCAUCAGUGUAUUUAAAAAUAAAGAAGAAUCAGGCAGUAUGUAACGCUGGGCUUCCACCAGGUCUGCUGGUACCACAUACUGUGUCACAGUCAUGUUCCCCUCUCACACACUCAGACUGCAGACACUCUGCUGCUGCUGCAAGAAGAAAAGUGAAUGACUUGGAGUGAAGAGGAAAAGAGUUAGAUCACAACACUCGUCUGGUGGUUAUAUCUGUUUUAUUUUUACAGUUGGUAAAACAUCUCGAUGCUUCAGGUCAAGAGAGGGUGGGGAUGUUUGAUAAGUAAGAGGUGUGACGUGAUAGUGAAAUGGUUUGGCUUUGUGUGGAGGUUUUGAACAUGAUCUUUGGUUAUUUUUUGACAGCACUAUUGUCUGUUGACUAAGCCUAAGUGGAAACGUUUUUUGGACCCUCAGGUAUAUAGCAGGGGAUAUCCAAGCUAACAUUUUAUGAAUACAUUACUUUAGUAUAAUAUAUUUUUAAACAAAUGACUAAAAAGCUAAAAAAAAACCCAAAUCUAACUUGAACGUGAUUGUUCAGAAGCACUCGACUACAUGCAUCUGUUACCUACAGAUUCAUCUGCAGAGAUGUUUAUCUGUUUGUUGAGAUUAUUUGAUAAUGUCAAACACAUCACAUAAUGGAACGUAACAACCAGACAUGUAAAAUAAAUGUUCUCUAAAUGACCACAUUUUCUCCCCAUCAUGAAUGAAGGGUGGGAACCUCAGCCAUUGCAUCCAUGCACUGUUUCUCCAUUUCUCCGUCAUCUCUCUUACACUGUCUUCUUAUUAACUCCUGGUGUCGGUUUCUCAGGUGUUGCCUUAAAAGUCUUUAAACCUUCAGAUUUGACAAAACGUUUCUUUAUGUCUGUUUCUUGGUGGGUGUGGAGGGACAUCGGUGCAGGUCUCAGUGUUUAUUUGUGGUUGUGGUUAAUGUAGUAUUUAUUUAUUUCUGUUUUAGUCACUAUCUUCAACUUUAUAAACUGUGAACAACUUAGCUAAAUAAAGUUUUAUUUGAAUGCUU